AUGGAAAAUAUCUCCUCCGUCUUUGACGCUUUCGUACGUCUUGUCGAAUAUGAUAGCCGCGACGAUGCGUCUGCCAGGACCACUCUGGCUGCCUCAAGUUAUAGACCUUGGGUGUGUAAUGCAGCCGGCUCCUGCGAACUAGCUGAUGAAGCUCAUCCGAUGGGCUUAUGCCUAGGUCGGCUCUACGACUCGGCCGUGUCCGACCUCACUGCGUUUGCGUUUGUGGAUCGGGUGGCAAAGCUGCUGCCAGCUGACCCGACCAGGGCGCCAAAGGGGUUGGCUCAAUUGAUCGAGUCCGCAGCGCUCCGCUCCUGCUACUCCUCUGACUCGGCACACGCUGCCGAGCGCAUUGACCGUACCGUUAUGAAUGCUCGAACUCCCAACUUCGCAGCAGCUUCUACAGCACUGAUGCACGACUGUGGCAGCCAAAGUUCUGCCAACGGGCUAUGCGUCAAGGACACAGCGCCGCUACGAGCCAGCCUUUGGUUGGCUGGCAAGCACGUGCCACCACAAUCUACCGCGGCCUUUGAUACCUCCAUGUGGUCCGCCAGCUGGUACAUGAUGGUCAGUGGCGGCGUGCUGACUUGGGAUCAAUGCUUCACAGGAAUGGUUGUGGUGAUACCUGGAUGGAUGACAGAAACCAUGAACUCGCCAGACACGGACUCUACCCACACGCCAAGCUUUGUCGAGGCACUCACCACAGCGUAUGGGGCAAUUGGUAGACAAGAAGCUACCAGUGCGAUAGCCGGCAUAGCGUUAAUGGAGACACCUCAGGCUGCCCGGGUCAGGUUCCGGCCAACGAAUAGCAAGGGUAUCGCAGGCCCCUCACAGUGCCUACCAGACGAUUACGCGCGCUCCCGGUGGGUGGAUGGGAUGAUGUUAUCAGCUUGCAAGUUCGUGGAUGUGUGCAAGCCUGCAUCUUUCGCCCCGAAUGUCUGCGAUGACCCCAUACUGGCUUCCGCCGUAGAGCUCGGCUACUAUUAUGAUGAUGUCUGCGACUCGAUCCAUGACCUUCACCAUGGCGAAACCCACAACUACGUCAUCCUAGCCAGGGCUGCUGGAAGUAGUUAUACCUUCACCCAACACGCCAAGGCUUGUAUGGAUAUCACAGAUCGUGCCUGCAUUUCGGGUCUCUCGAAACCUGCCGCAUGCUGGGCUCUCGCCAACUGUGUAUACUUCGCUACCUGGACCCGCUACCGAUGUGUCCAUCGCGCGAGUCAGCUGAGACUCGCUGCUCCUGACAAUGGCUGUUCGAUACUGGCUUCAGUCCGGGAUGCUCUCCUCACAGAUCUCCCGUCGUAUCACGAUAAUUCAGAUGCCUGGCUCUCGCGUGUCUUGCACACACCAUCAGUCAGGGCAGGUGUCCAGGAGCCAAAUUUCGGCUCUGGGCUUGAGUCUUACUACGCAAGACUCGCCGCGCGCUUCGGCUGCAGUUCUACCAGCGAGAUAUCCAAAGCUAUCCAAACGAUGGGAGCUGACAAUGUCAUCGAAGGCCUGCUCAUUGGACCCCGCGCGGUGCUCCGACUGGCAGAGGCGGUAGGCUUGCCCUCACUGCGGAACAUCUUGGGGCGAGUUGAUCGUGGCUACGGGCAGGUCCACCGGCUUUUGCAACGGUUUGCGAGUCUAUUAGAACUCGUAGAGCAAGCCAAGUGCUCCGACUCCGCCGUCCUGGAGUUGGCUUAUUCUGCGCCGAUCAUGCAGCGUGAGGCCGAAAAGCUUCGGCCGGGACUUGGCGUGGCGUUCGCAGGUAUAGCGUCAGCCAUGAUUGAACUUCAUACAGGAUCGUACUACUUAGUUCUAGCAGCAUACGCAGACGGUAUCUUGACUUCCGCCACCGACUAA